GCAGCUAGCUAGGUGCGCAGAAGCAGCGUCGCCUAUAGCAGCUGGAGAAACAUGAAACACUAGAAUCGUUUCUGCUCAACGAGCCCAGGACUCAGCUCAUAGGAGGCUCGGGACCCGGAGGACCCGAACCGGAAGUCGAGCGGAACUGGACCGGUCUUCGGGGGAUCCAGACUUAUAUCCACUGUUAGCUGUUAGCUGUGAUGGAACAUCCGGGCAACGAUCGAUAAAGAAGCAUUCGUCACACGUGAUGUGUUCAAGGACCGUCGGAACGAUGAGAUCCUCCACUCUGCAUGGCGCCGGGCUGGCAGCAGAGGGACUGAGCAGCCAAUCAGCUGGCGGCAGCGACAUGGCGUCCCGCCACAGGAACUCGGUGCGGAUCCUGUCCACCCGGGAGCGAGGCUCCCAGACCUUCGGCUCCCAGAGGCUCCUGCAGCUGCUGGUGGAGGAGAAGGUCCGCUGGAUGAAAUGGCAGAGUCAGAAAGUGGAGCUGCCGGACAGCCCUCGCUCCACCUUCCUGCUGGCCUUCAGCCCCGACAGAACCCUGAUGGCCUCCACGCACGUCAACCACAACAUCUACAUCACGGAGGUGAAGACUGGAAAGUGCCUCCAUUCCCUCGUGGGCCACCGUCGGACCCCCUGGUGCGUGACCUUUCACCCCACCAUCCCCGGCCUGGUGGCCUCCGGGUGCCUUGACGGCGAAGUCCGGAUCUGGGAUCUGCAUGGCGGCAGCGAGAACUGGUUCACGGAGAGCAACGUGGCCAUCGCGUCGCUGGCCUUCCACCCGACCGCCCAGCUGCUGCUCAUCGCCACCAACAACGAGCUGCACUUCUGGGACUGGAGCCGGCCGGAGCCCUUCGCCGUGGUGAAGACAGGCAGCGACACGGAGAGAGUCCGGCUGGUGCGGUUCGACCCUCUCGGUCACAACCUCCUGACGGCGAUCGUGAACCCGUCCAAUCAGCAGAGCGAGGAGGACUCGGAGGUGCCCAUGGACAGCGUGGAGAUGCCUCACUUCCGCCAGCGCUCCUUCCUGCCGUCGCAGCCGGUGCGCCGCACGCCCAUCCUCCACAACUUCCUCCACAUCCUGUCGUCCCGCUCCCCGGGCGCUCAGCCGGGCGGCGAGCAGCCGCGGCCUCUCGGCGACGGCGGAGGCGGCGCGGGAGAAUCUCCCAGCGUGCCCCUGGCCCAGUACCCCGGCGCCGAGCGCGGGCCCCCCUUCCCGGGCUGCACUCAGCACCUGGGCAUGGUGUGCCUGUGCAGCCGCUGCUCCGCCGGCCGCAACCCUCCCCCGGCGGGCGACGCCCCCCCGCCCGACCCCCGGGUGGCGCCCGACGCCGCCCAGCCUUCCCCGGCUUCCACGUUCUCCUCGGCCCGCACGGAGCCCCGGCAGCCCUCGGAGCGCCCCUCGGCCUUCACCUCGGUCUACUACAGCGCCGGCCCGUCUCUGCCCCCCCCGGCGGCGCCCGGCGGGGCGGAGUUUCACUCCGCCUCCCGGCCCGGACCCGACUGGACGCGCAACCUGCUGAGGACCUCCUCUUCCUCCUCCAUCAGCCUGCUGUCGGUGCUCCGUCAGCAGGACGGGUCGUCCCACGCCCCCGUCUACACCUCCGCCUCCGAGGGGCGGGGCUUCCCCCCGCAAGGAGAGCCGGGGGUCCGAGACGCCGCCGGCACCAGCAGCGGCCACCACCCGUUAUGGGACGGCUCGCGCAGCAACACGGCCUCGUUCCGCAACGUGCUGCAGUGCAACCUGAGCCGCUACUUCAUGGAGUUCGACCGCAUGCAGGACCUCGAGCCGCCACUAGGGGGCGGCGGCCAGGAGCAGAGCCAAGAGCUGCUGAACAACAACAUGGACCCAGACAGACCCGGGCCGUCCUCCACCUCCUCACCGACUAUCAUCCACUACCAGCCCCCCCUCCCCCCGCCCCCCGCCCCCCAGGAGAGCAACGCCCCCCCCCCGGCCCCCCGAGGCCACCUGAACCGCUGCCGGGCCUGCCACAACCUGCUGACCUUCAACCACGACUCUCAGCGCUGGGAGCGAACCAACCAGGCCUCCUCCACCUCCGCCUCGACUCUAGAGCCCUCCUCCUCCUCUUCUUCUUCUUCCGCCUUUCCUCCGUCGUCUUCUUCGCCGUGGCAGCCCGAGGAGGGCAGGAGGACACUAGAAGCCCCGGAGAGCCGGGCGCCUCCGGAGCCCAGCGAGCAGCCCCCCCCUCCCCUUGGAGGUGGAGGAGGGGCAGGAACCGGGCCCUUCCCCAUCGCCCCGACCCCCACCCAGUCCGGGGAGCAGACCGUGGGCUUGGUGUACAACCAGGACACGGCUCAGUGGGAGAGGGUGUACCGGCAGGCCGCCGCCAGCAGGGCGGCAGAGCCCCCGGAGGCCCUAAGCCAAGAGCUGCCUGUCGAGCCCCCCGACGAGGACUCCCUGAGGAGGCGACUGUUGGAAUCCUCCCUGCUGUCGCUGUCUCGCUACGACAUGUCGGGGUCCAGAGACCACCCCAUCUACCCCGACCCAGCCAGGCUCUCUCCGGCUGCUUACUACGCUCAGAGGAUGAUCCAGUAUCUGUCGAGGAGGGACAGUAUUCGCCAGCGGUCGCUCCGCUACCAGCAGAACCGGCUCCGGGCGAUGUCGUCGUCCUCCGACAGCCCCGUCAGCAACCCGUCCAGCUCCUUGGACAACAGCGACGUGGACUUUGAGGAGCUGGAUGACAACGGCGACCGAGCGAGACACCGGACCACACGCAACGCCAGGAUGUCGGCGCCCUCUCUGGGCCGCUUCGUCCCGCGGCGGUUCCUCCUCCCCGAGUACCUUCCCUACGCCGGGAUCUUCCACGAGAGAGGCCAGCCGGGCUUGGCGACGCACUCCUCCGUCAACAGAGUGCUCGCUGGUGCGUCCAUCGGGGACGGCCAGUCUGCGGUGGCCAGCAACAUCGCCAACACCACCUACCGCCUGCAGUGGUGGGACUUCACCAAGUUCGACCUGCCGGAGAUCAGCAACGCGUCGGUCAACGUCCUGGUGCCAAACUGUAAGAUCUACAACGACGCCUCCUGCGACAUCUCGGCCGACGGCCAGCUGCUGGCGGUCUUCAUCCCCAGCAGCCAGCGGGGGUUCCCGGACGAGGGCAUCCUGGCCAUCUACUCGCUGGCCCCCCACAACCUGGGGGAGGUGCUCUACACCAAGAGAUUCGGUCCCAACGCUAUCUCCGUUAGCUUGUCCCCGAUGGGCUGCUACGUGAUGGUGGGCCUGGCCUCCCGCCGCAUCCUGCUGCACCCCACCACCGACCACAUGGUGGCGCAAGUCUUCCGCCUGCAGCAGCCCCACGGGGGGGAGACCUCCAUCAGGAUGGUCUUCAACGUGGUCUACCCGAUGGCUCCGGACCAGCGCCGCCACGUCAGCAUCAACUCGGCCCGCUGGCUGCCGGACCCCGGGAUGGGUCUGGCUUACGGGACCAACAAGGGGGACCUGGUCAUCUGCCGGCCCGUGUUUUACUGUAACGACGGUGAGAGCCCCGCGGAGUCGAGCAACGAGCCUCUGUUCUCCGUCAACAACAGCGGAACCAGCCGGACCCGAGGUUCUGACCGACCGGGACCCAACCGCUCCGGCUGGAGGCUGGACCGAGACAUGGGCCUGAUGAACGCCAUCGGCCUCCAGCCCCGACAUCCCGCCCCUUCUGUGACAUCACAGGGAACCCAGACGCCGAUCAUCCAGCUGCAGAACGCCGAGACCCAGACGGAGCGGGAGCUGCCGGAGCCCGGCGCCCCCCCACCGCCCCCCAACGUCCCUCCUGAGACUCCGUCCACCAGCCGAGCGGCGUCCGGGCAGCAGGAGGCUCUGAGCGGCCGAGCGGAGGACGGCGUGCCGGCCGAGGCGGCGCCGGCUGAAACCACAGCAGCCGGUUCUGGGGAGUCUCCAGAGUUCGGCUCGGGGGAAGACGCUCUGGCUCGAAUCCGCCGCCUGAUCGCCGAGGGCGGCAUGACGGCCGUGGUGCAGCGCGAGCAGAGCACCACCAUGGCGUCCAUGGGCGGCUUCGGGAACAACAUCAUCGUCAGCCACCGCAUCCACCGCGGCUCCCAGACGGCGGGCGCCGCCUCCAGGCCGCCGGCGGACUCCAGCACGCCGUCCGGCUCGGGGCCCCUCCCCCCGGCUCAGGUCUACGCCCCCCCGCGGGCCGACGCGGCCCCGUGGUGCGCCCGGCCCUCCGGCCCGCCCCCGGUGGACCCGGAUGACGACUCCCCGCCGGGCCCCUCUUCCUCCCUGCUGCUGUCUUCCCCCUCCUCUUCCUCCUCCUCCUCCUCCUCCUCCUCUCACAGCCCCCACCCUGGGGGGGAGGGAGGGGCCUCCGGCAGUUACGCCGGCGACCCGUACAGCAGGUAGUUCUCCUAUUGGACGAGAGAAGCACUGCUCUUCAAAGCCUUAACUCUCAAAGGAACAGGGUCUCCCGCCUGGAACAGAAGGGACUCAAGACCCCCCCCUCCCCGCCGUGGCGUUGGCGUGUGCUUCCUCUGCACUUCUAGAAACGACCAUUCCUCUCCAGAAAGGGCUUUUACUUGAACGGAGGCCGAGACGAGGUUCACCAGGGGGUCUGGGGGUCUGGGGGUCUCCUCACAUGGACUCCAGCGCUCUGCAUCCGGCGCCAUGUGGCGUUGACCUUUGAUGUUUCAAAAGUGAAUUCAGCACUUCUUUAGUUUGUUUUUGUACCGCGUGUAAUUAUCAUGUUUAAAAGACCCGGACCCUGAAUCAUGACCCUGAACCCCGACCCCGCGUCAGGACCCUGCAUCAGGACCCUGACUCCGGACCCGGGUCCCCGGUGGACUGCAUGUCUGUUUUUAAAUGCUGCAGUUCACGAAACGAACGUCAAACGUUUUUCUUUUCUUUUGGCGGCCGAAGAGGAACGGAGCACUUCCUGGUCCGGAGGGACUCGGAGGGGGAGGGGCUUAAGGAGCAGCGGGGCUUUUUUAACCUGUAUUUGUAAAUGGUCGGAAAAAUGUAAAAUAAGUGGAAGUGACACCCAGACGAAGUGUUGUGGAUUAAAGAUGGCCGCUGUCAACGGGUCUCUGUGUGUGUGUGGGGGGGGUCGUCAUGUGACAUCAGGUAUUCAGAUCAACAAUCAAUAUUCCUCUUAUUCUGGUAAACAUCUAAACAGAUUUAAUAAAGAAGUCUAAACGUUCA